AAACAAUUAAGUGCUUAACUCUCCAUUCCUGCAAGUAUCAAGAGGGGAACGAGCGGCUAAGGUUUUCUUCCUCGGUUUUAUACUAAAAAAUUGGGAACAAUUAGUAUGAAAGAGAGGCAAAAAGGGAGACAUAUUCAUCACCUUGGCACAAAUAUAUCUCGUGAUGCAGUGAUUUCUACUCAACUUCUUUAUCGUCAAACUUAGAAGGAGUAAUAAAUAAUUUGCUCAAGAUGUCAUUAAGUGCCAUUACUACUGUUUUUCCAGCUACAACAUUAACUAUUGUAAGAUCGGAAGGUCAAUGUCUGAAACAAAUCAAAUAUGUUGGAUCUGGCCCGGUUGGGCUGAAUCCACUUCGCUUGCAGUUUCAUACCUAUGAAAGGAGAAGAACUACAAUGCAGGCUUUUCGAGUACGGGUAGCUUCUAUGACAUGUUCCGCUGCUCUGAAUGCGACUUGUGCUGCAGAGCAAACCCAAACAGUCACCCGUCAAUCGUCAACCAUUACUGUUGCACCUAUUCAAGGAAAGGAAAAAUCUCCAGAACUCGAUGACGGUGGGGCAGGAUUUCCACCGCGCAACGAUGGAGAUGGUGGAGGUGGUGGAGGGGGUGGGGGUGGCCAUUGGUCUGGCGGUUUCUUCUUUUUUGGGUUUCUUGCUUUCCUUGGGUUCUUAAAGGAUCAAGAGAGUGAAGGACCUUACCGGGAUGAAAGUAGGAGAUGAAAGAGACGUAUAUUUGUAAACCUGCAUCUUGCCUGUACCUUUUUUGCUUAAUUCUUUGGAUACUUUGUAAUUUGAUAGCCUGGGGGGCUUGAUGAGUGAACUAGACACUAUAUUAAUUCAGUAUUAACUUACUUCUUAGCUGCAGACUCCGUGAGCAAAGAUUGAGAGUUCUGCUCGAAAGAAUAUGGGAACAAAAAGAAUUUUGGGCAUUUCUGUUCUUUGUCUUGUUACAUGUGGGAUCUAAUUAUCUGAACUUCGUCAA